UGCCCUCUUCCCUCCCGUCACUGGUUUCCACUCCCCCCCAGCCCUCUCGUCUUGCCGCGGUCUGGUCCGCGGCCUGCGCUGAAGCGGUCGCCGCCGUUCCUUGGAAGCUGCGGCUCCCCUCCCCCAUCCCAAUCCCGGUCCCCGUCCGGCUGCCGACGUGAAGAUGAGCAGCUCCGAGGAGGUGUCCUGGAUUUCCUGGUUCUGUGGGCUCCGUGGCAAUGAAUUCUUCUGUGAAGUAGAUGAAGACUACAUCCAGGACAAAUUUAAUCUUACUGGACUCAAUGAACAGGUGCCUCACUAUCGACAAGCUCUAGAUAUGAUUUUGGACUUGGAGCCUGAUGAAGAGCUGGAAGAUAACCCCAACCAGAGUGACUUGAUUGAACAGGCAGCCGAGAUGCUUUAUGGAUUGAUUCAUGCCCGAUACAUCCUCACCAACCGAGGCAUCGCCCAAAUGUUGGAAAAGUACCAGCAAGGAGACUUUGGCUACUGUCCUCGUGUGUACUGUGAGAACCAGCCAAUGCUUCCCAUUGGCCUUUCGGACAUCCCAGGUGAGGCCAUGGUGAAGCUCUACUGCCCCAAGUGCAUGGACGUGUACACACCCAAGUCGUCGCGGCACCACCACACGGACGGCGCGUACUUCGGCACUGGUUUCCCUCACAUGCUCUUCAUGGUGCAUCCCGAGUACCGGCCCAAGCGACCAGCCAACCAGUUCGUGCCCAGGCUCUAUGGUUUCAAGAUCCAUCCAAUGGCUUACCAGCUGCAGCUCCAAGCCGCCAGCAACUUCAAGAGUCCAGUCAAGACGAUUCGCUGAUUCCCUGCCCCACCUGUCCCUCAGCCUUUGACACCUCCAUUCCUUUGCUGCCGCCCUUUCAGGAGCCCUUUAUGGUUUUUAGUUUAAAUUAAAGGAAUCAUUAUUGUGGUGGGAAUAUGAAAUAAAAUGGACAAAAAGGCCA